GCGGGGCUCCAUCCCCUCCCAUCCCCACCUGCUCUCCUCCCUCCCACUCGCCCCAGCGCGCUGUCGCGUCCUCCCGCGCGGGGCCAAUCGGAGCCCGGCUCCCGCCUCCGACAGCAGGGCGGUGGGGCGGCAGCACAGCGGCUGCGCGGACGAUCCGAGCUUUGUGCCCCGAGCCACUGAGGGAGGGGACCAAGAUGAGUGCAGAGCCUGAAAGAAAGUUCGGAGUGGUGGUGGUUGGUGUUGGCAGAGCCGGCUCAGUGCGGAUCAGGGACUUGCGGAAUCCACAUGCUUCCUCGGCGUACCUGAACCUGAUUGGCUUCGUGUCCAGACGAGAGCUCGGGAACAUUGAUGAUGUCCAACAGAUUUCUUUGGAAAAUGCUCUUUCCAGCCCAGAGGUAGAGGUUGCUUACAUCUGCAGUGAGAGCUCCAGCCAUGAGGACUAUAUCAGGCAGUUCCUUAAUGCUGGCAAGCAUGUCCUGGUGGAAUACCCAAUGACACUGUCUUGGGCAGCAGCUCAGGACCUGUGGAAGCUGGCUGAGCAGAAAGGGAAGGUCUUGCAUGAGGAGCAUGUCGAACUCUUGAUGGAGGAGUUUGCAUUUCUGAAAAAAGAAGUGGUGGGGAAAGAACUCCUGAAAGGGUCUCUUCUCUUUACAGCUGGCCCAUUGGAAGAAGAGCGGUUUGGCUUCCCCGCGUUCAGUGGCAUUUCUCGCCUGACCUGGCUGGUCUCCCUCUUUGGAGAACUUUCUCUUAUAUCUGCCACUUUGGAAGAGCGAAAGGAAGAUCAACAUAUGAAAAUGACUGUGUGCUUGGAGACAGAGAACAAAAGUCCACUCACAUGGAUUGAAGAGAAAGGGCCUGGUCUCAAACGAAACAGACAUUUAAGCUUCCAUUUUAAAUCUGGAUCCCUGGAGAAUAUGCCAAAUGUAGGAGUCAAUAAGAAUAUUUUCCUGAAAGAUCAAAAUAUAUUUGUGCAGAAACUCUUGGGCCAGUUCUCUGAAGAAGAGCUGGCUGCUGAGAAGAAGCGCAUCCUGCACUGCUUGUGGCUUGCAGAAGAGAUCCAGAAAUACUGCUGCUCAGAGAAGUAAGAGGAGGAACCAUGCGGCACGUCUAAGACCGGACCAUAGUUUGCUUCUUAUGAAGAGUUGAUCUCUAUCUCUAUUUUUACAAUUAAACAUAUCUUGGGUAAACGGGAUUUGCUUACUGUCCUGAGCUCUUUUGGGAGUGGUAUUUGGGAGUUGGGACGCAUAUAUAGGGAUGAAGAGAGAACUAACCUUAGUUGAGCUGAGCCAAGUGCUUCAUAUGCCUGAUUUCAUUUACUCUUCCCAACAGCCCUAUCAGAUAGGUAUUAUCAGGUUUGUUUUCAUUAGCAUAUUGGAAAAUUUUGUUUGAAGUCACCCAGGUAGUAAAUAGCAGAACCAGCCUUUAAAUCUCACUCAUGCACUGAACCACUGCAAAAUAGUGUAUGGAAGCCUCUUCCUCGCUUUAAGGAAUUCUACUUCACCCAACAAACUGUCAGUGGGUGAGUAUGCUAGGUGCUGGGGAUUCUAAAAAUGAGUAAGACAGAGCCACUUUCCUCAAUAACUCACCUCGUUGAAAGCAAACCAGUCACACAAACUGGUCGCUGUAAUGUAAUAGGUCCAGUAAGAGAGAUCUGCCCCUGGAAGGCUCAGGGGAAACCUACAGAUCUUCCUAACUAGGUUAGCUGUGUAAGGGUGAGAGGAGGGCUUUCCUGGCAGAGGGCUGACCUGAGCAAAGAGAAGGAAGUGAAAACAAGCUGGCGAGCACCCUGAGAACAGUGCUGCUAGAGCCGUGCCUCUGGAGGAGGGAGUCCCAGAGGGUAAAUCUGUGGGGUCCCUGUAAGCCGGAUGAAGGAGCUGGGGUCUUAGUUAUUUGGCACCGAAGGCUGUUAUUUAACAGGGGAGUGGUGUGGUCAGGUUUCCGGUUUAGAUAAAGCACUCAGAAAGAUGCCAGGAGGAAAUGAGACUUGAGACCAAGGAGGAGGCGUCCUGUUAAGAGCCAACAAACGUAUUCAUACUUGCAGCCCUUGGCUUGUCUAGACUUCACUGCUCCUGUUGAGACACUGCUGAACUUGAGGCAGAGCUGAUUCCCAGGAAUCUGCUCUUGCAUUUCAUUGGUGGUUGUGUUGCAUUUUCUUUGAAGCUUGUGUUAGAUUUCUUGCCUUUGUAAAUGUCUCCCUCUUGCUUUGUGCCUACUACCUUCCCUUUGUGAGGUGUAACCACUUCAGGAGCAGGGAAGUCAUUGGUCACAGCACCCUAUUUUCUACCUCAAUUUCCAUUAUUUUGUCACCAUAUACCUCAAGGUAGAAACCAAAACUCCUCAAGGCUGGUCUCUUAUUUGCCCUGUAAAACAAUUUAAUAAAUAUUAGUCCGUUGGU